AUGAUUAAAUUUGCAACAAGAACCAUUAAUUAAUUUAUGCAACAAUAAAAAGAUUUAUUUGCUCACUACAAGCAGCCAUUAAUUAAGGAAGACUCCUAUGUGACCGGCUUGAAAUUAGCUAAUUCUUUAAAGGGAAGUGAAUUGGUCCCCUUCAUCCCUAUAAAUGGAAGACAAGUGAAGUAUUAUAUCUACUUAAAUGCAAGCUUUUACUAUUGCGGUCCAACAGUAUACAGUAACUCUCAUUUGGGCCAUGCUAGGUAAUGAUAUUGUUGUCAUGUUUGUAGAACAUAUUUGGGCAUUGAUGUAAUAAGAAGAACAUUAAGAGAUUAUUUUAAUUAUGAUCUUUUAAGUGUCAUGAAUAUCACCGACAUAGAUGAUAAGAUCAUUAAUGGAGCAAAAUUAGCCAAUUAAGACUUUCUUGAAUUUACGAAGGUUUGGGAAAAAGAUUUCUUUUCCGCCAUGGAAGCACUAAAUAUCGAAUUGCCUGAUGUUAUAACCAGAGUCAGCGAUUAUGUCCCUGAGAUUGUUACUUUCAUUGAAAAGAUCAUCUCCAAUGGAUAUGCUUAUGAUAGCAAUGGAAGUGUGUAUUUUGAUGUGCAAAAGUAUUUGGCUGAUGGAGUAUCUUUAAUAUUUAAGUAAACUAGCACACAUAUCCUAAAAUGAGACCAGAAAUGAAUGCUGAUUUAUUAUAGGAAGGAGAAGGAGAAUCAUAGGCAAAUAAAUAAUCAGAAAAAAAAAGUCCUAACGAUUUCGCCCUUUGGAAGGCAAGUAAGCCAGAAGAACCUAAAUGGCCUAGUCCUUGGGGAGAAGGUAGACCAGGAUGGCAUAUUGAAUGCUCUGUGAUGGCUAGUGCUAUUUUGGGAAACCCCAUCGAUUUACAUGCAGGAGGCAUUGAUUUAAUAUUCCCUCAUCAUGAUAACUCUUUAGCAUAAGCAGAAGCAUGUUUCAACUGUGAUCAAUGGAUCAAUUAUUUUAUCCAUCUUGGUCAUCUCAAUAUAGCUGAUCGCAAGAUGUCCAAAUCUCUCAAGAACUUCCUCACAAUUGAUGAAGUUCUCAAGAGAUACACUCCAAGAUAGAUCAGAUUAAAUUUUGCAAUCCAUUAAUACGAUGCAGUUAUGAACUAUUCUGAAGAACAAGUUGAAUAAGCAAUCUCAAAAGAUAAGGCAUAUCAAGAAUUCUUCUAAAAUACUAAGAUUUAUUUGAGGGAAUCAUAAGUCACUGGUCCUUAANGUAUUGUUUCAGCCAGAUGA